AUGAUGGUGAAGAAAUGUUUCGUGCCAGGGUGUACGAACGAGGCUGGGCAUUCAUGCAAAUGCUCUUCUCCUGAGAUUUUAUUGUGCGAAGAGCAUAUCGGGGAGCAUGUAAACUUACCUAACAGAGCUCAUAAUCUUGAAUCAAUGUUUAUGCAGCCUUGUGAAGGGACAAAAGAAGCAAUUCUUGAAUUCCUUGCAGAAGAAAAUUCAAAAUUUAGCGAGUUGAGAAGAAAAAUUAUAGAUUCCUUUCGCGCGCGUCUUCCUAAUUCAGAGAAAGAUUUAGGAGAUUUCACCAAGUUGGAUUGCUUCUUAGAUGAAAUAAAUGACUUCAUUGCAAAAAUUUCCCAAACUUCAAAAUUAUUAAAGUCAGAAGAUCCAAUUUUAGGAUUAUUGAGUUUACAGCCUCAAGAAGCUAUUGAGAAAAUAAAAUUAAUCACCACAGCCAGCAGAGAUUGGUACAACGGUGCAAGGCUAUUUAUUAUAUUCAAUCAAAAGUUAGAGAGUCUAAAUAGAUCAUUCUUUACAGAAAUAUGCGGGGCAUAUCUAGAUAAAAGUAAUAUGCAAAAUACUCCUGAAAUGCUGAAUAAAAGUAAAGCCGCAAGUGUAGAGCCCGCAAACGUUAAGGAUUCGAAUUUUUUGAUAAUAAAUGAGAACUGUGAAAGUUUAAAAAAGUCUGAAAACGAAAAUAAGCCAAUAAGGCUGCUUAAUUUUCAAAUAAGUACUGCUUCUAAUGAUCUCAACAAUAAAUCCAAGGAAACAGAAAGCGCUUUAAGCUUUAUAGAUACCUUAAGAAAUAAAACAGCUGAGAUUUUGAGUAGACCAAACGAUCCAGAAUUAGAGAUAGAUUUCAGAACAACUUGCUCAGCAAUUCAGGCCAAUUCUACUCUUUAUGACCCACCACUAAUGCAAGCUUACCAAGAUUAUCUCAAAGCUUAUCAACUAAAAACAUCUCUUUAUAAUAUUGAAUGAGAUGAAGAAAACAAUAGAACUAAUUUAAUUAUUUAUAACACUGAAACUGAAACCCAAGAAAUCAAAACCUUGCAGACUCCAGAACGGCUAGACCGAGGCACUUGCAUAACUCAACUUCCAAAUGGCAAGCUAUUCUGUUUUGGUAAUAAUACAUCUUCAGGAAUUACAGUGCUAAUUGAUGUGGAUGGUGGAGUCGAAGUGCUGCCAUCAGGAACAGAAAAAUCGUAUUUAUUUUUUACAAUUCAGUACUCCCUCUUGCUUUAAAUAUCCACUAAAAAUGUUUCCACUCUCAAUUGAAUUUCAGCUAGAGAACUCAAUAUAACGCUUCUUAAAAGAAAUCAGUAAGAAAUAGCGCCCAUCUGGAACUCCUUGCUCUGAGUCAUCAUGUAUAUUGCUAUUAAAGAAUGAUAAUUGCAUAUAGAUAAUCCUUGGAAACUGCAUAUUGAUGGGAUAAAUGAUAUGGUAUGUUCCCAAAUAUCAAUUCAUCUUUCUAGUAUUGGCAUUUUUUAAAGAGAUUGCACAGCUGAGUGCAUAAAAAAUCCAAAAAUCUAUAUAGCCUAUUUUAUCUUUUUCUCAAGCCCAACAGAAAUUCAAAUUCAAUCUCAAUCUAAAUCUCCCAAAAGCUAAACUCUGUGAAAGACUGCAAUAAAACAUCAAGUGAUCUAUAUUUAUUUCAACAACAGCGUCUAUUGCUUUGGAGGAGAAGAUAAAAAUUAUGAUAGUUUAACUCUAUCUAGUAGAUUCGAUUUGGAUCAAAAUCGAUGAAUUCCAUUAACUCCAAUGCCAAAAGCUCAUUCCUCUUGCUAUAGUAUAAUAUUUAAUGGAAAUAUUUUGAUUUCUGGAUCUAGUAGUAAUCUUUUGUUAUACUCAAUUGAUAUUGACUCUUUCUCGACAAUUCCUUAUGAGUUUCAAAACAGUCCUAUUAAUAUCCUGAUAAAUGCAGAGAGACUCUAUUUGAUUGCAUGCUUUUGAGCUGGUGAAGUGUAUUGCUCAUAUAAUAAAGGAGGAAUAUAUAUCUCAAAAUCUUCUAGGUUGAUUAGAAAUUAUUAUUUUUUUAAUUUAGAUCAAAAAAACAUUAUUGAUAUUGCUUACUAUAAUAGGCAUGUCGCACUUAGAAGAGUAGAUAAAAAGAUUGAAGUAAUAAAAUGCAAUAUCCAGAAUUUUAAGCUUUAUUCUAAUUAUCUGGAUGAAUGAAGUCUAAAAGGUAAUACUCUAAAAGGUUUAGGAGAUAAUUUGGAAGAUAUUGAAUGCUGUGAUGAAGAAAUCAAACUCAAUCCAAACGAGGUUUAUUUAUACAAAAAUAAAGGCAAAGCUUUGUUUUAUUUAAAAAGAUAUCUAGAAGCAAUCGAAUGCUAUGACAAGCAAUCAAACUCGAUCCAAAAAAUGCUGAUUAUUACGAUAAUAAGGGCAAUGCUUUGUUUUAUUUAA